ACACAAGAAAAAUUGAAGGCAUCUCUUGCAAUAUUGUGCGCGCGUGGGGCGUACGAAGGAAAUAGCUUCAAACAGGGGAUGAACUUAUAUUACCGGGGAUAAGCAACUUUUUCCAUCGGAGGCCAGAUGCAGAUUUACUCAGUAUUUUCCAAACAAACCCCAUAAAUUUAGCAUAAAAUUCUAAUUGGCGUCUGAUGUAGAGACGAAAUAUGUGAUAAAUGGCUUUCCUUAUUUAGGAAAAAGCGAGACUCGAAAUGCAUCAAUCCCCCUAUGCAAAUUUGUCGUAAUGAAAUUUCUUGAACCGUAUACCAUGAAGGAGCGUAAAACUGAUAUUUUUUACAAGUAUUCCUUUGGCGUUAAAAUUAAGAUCUCAAAAUACUUCGUUGCUUGGAACGAUACGCGCUUCUAUUGGCAACCAGACAUAUUUUGGCGUCGAUGUCACUGAUCGAAUGGAAAUCAGGUUCCAGAAGGUGACCACUUCAACUGUUUUUCAAUAAUUUAGUUUCAGCCGGAAGAAAUAGCUGGAUAUUGAACAAAACAUAACAGGAGAAAAUAUCUCACGAGAAGACUUUCUGUUUCAAUUAGCAAAAGAACUUGCUUCAGAAUAUCAGACUUCAAGGCAAAUACCACACGAAGCUGAUAUACCAACUACAAAUGGCACUGUUUCUGUACGCAAAUGGUGUCAAAUAGAAUAUUUUAAUAACAAUAAGACUACAAAUAUUUGCAAUAAAUGCAAAAAAAGUCUAUGUAGAAAGUGUAUACACUGCAAAAUCUAUUGUGAGCAACAAACUGUAAACAAUUAAGUGUUUUGUUAUUUGACAAUGUCUAUUAGUCCAUUUAUCUAUCACAAUUAAUAUUGUUCAACUUAUUUUCGCCAUUUGAUAAGUAAUAGUACAGACUGGAACCACAAUAUUCAUUUUUUCUUAUACACCAGUCAUUUUGACUGGUGCUGGUAGAAAUAGGUAUAUAUAAAUAGCUGGUAAAUCUAGUGUUAACACGGGGUCGUUUCCAUACUAGGCGGUACAGGAUAGUCCCGAUCUUCUGAACAGACUUGAAUGAACUAAAAACAUCCGUAGCCGAUCGAGUCAACUAGAAAAAUAAGCUAGCGGCGGUCGCCGUUGGCCCCAUUUUUCUUGUUGAAAAAAACCGGCGUCGACAUUUUCAAAUAUGGCGUCGACCGCCGAAAUUUUUGACGACAGAAGUGUCUGUCUCCUGGUCUGCUAUACAUUUUCUGUAGGCGUUAAGAUCAACACUGAAAAAUAUUUCGACAUAAAAAAGCGCAAAAUAAAAAAAAUACUAAGUCAGCGCUAUUAUCUUAAGUCACCAAAGUGAAGUUGUGUACUCUAGCUUCUUCUUCUUCUUGGAUGGCACUACCGUUCCAGUGAAACUUUUGCCUUCUCAACGCAGCAUUACUUGCGUCAUUUUUAUUAGUAGUGCUUGGUUGAGAUUUCUAUGCCGAAUAACACGCCUUGAAUGUACUCUGGAGGGGCAAGCUCUAGAAUACGCGUGACCACAGUGCAAGCCGGAAGAAUUUUCUUUCACGAAAAAUCCCCCGACCAGAACGGGAAUCGAACCCGAACCCCCGGCAUGAUAGUGUGGGACGCUAACCACUCGGCCACGGGAGCACGUACUCUAGCGCCGAAUCGUAAUGAAAAUAUUCGGUGGCGGAGUUGCGCCGUGGCGAAUUUUCGUUCGGCAAUGAAACGAUUGCGAUGAGUUGUGAUGAUAUUGAAAGUGGAAUACAGCUGGAAUCCGACGAAUGCAUGGAAAUUGAGGUAGGUUCAGUUUGUAUUAAUCUAUGACUUCAGUAAAAAUUUUAUUACGACAAAAUUAAUUCAUAAUAAAAAUUGCGCUUUUUUCUGUGUGGCAUUCAUACCCCUGAGUUCACUUUUUAAAAACAUGAAUAGAAACUAUUGCUACAUGUUCUUUAAAUGUAUUAUUAAAAGAGCUUCUGAAUGUUUCCACCAGAACCCAAUGAUAAAUGGGUCUGAAAAGUUGAACGAAUUGGUAUGAAAAUAUGGAGAAAUUUGCGUUAGUGAUACUAAAGCCUAUGAUCAUAACGCGAAAUCCAACAGUCACAUAAUUUCCGUUGUUUCCUAUUAUAAGAAGAGAUGUCGACCAGGAAUAUCAUUUCAUAAUCAAAAGGGAUGAAACACGGUACGUGGAAUGGAUUCAACGGAUAAAAAUUGAAAAUCAUCCGGCUAAGCAGUUUAAAUUUCAGCAUGUCGAUAUUCUACUAAGUAAUUAUCAUCAAUUUUCACGUAUUAUUUUUUUCAGAAACAAAACGUUUAACUAAACUAUUAAUUUGUAUGGCUCGAACCUUGGCGAUGGUAAUUGAGGACAGGUUAAAAACUCUCAAGCCAUUAUUGUUCACCUGUUCAACACAAACGAGCAGCAAUUCAUUUAAUCCUCGACGACCAAACGAUUUUCUCCGGCAGCGAAAUUGAAAAUAUCGACAGAUCAAGAAAUCAUGUCUAUAUAUUUUUUAUCUGCUUCUAUAGAAAUUUCCCACCCUAAUUAAAAUAAACAUUAGAGAAAAUCAAUUUGAGUAUUUUAUGCGUCUGAAUAAACCACAAAAACGUAAACAUCGAUUAAAUUUUCUUCUACGCUUCAUCUGAUUCGCUACUCAAAAGUGUCGUUUGACUGACCGAUGAAAAAACACUUUCGUACGAAAACGAGGAUAGGGCAAUUCGUUCGAACGAACGAUGUUCGAAUGUUCGAACGGAUAGAUUUCUUUCGUACGAAACCAAGGAUACGAAUGAGGCAUUCUUUCGAACGUUUUGUGUUCGUUCGAAAACAAGAAUAAGGGUGUUUAUUUUUUUGGUUCGUUAAGUUAGUGUAUAGAAUAAUAUUAGGUGAUUAAUAGCAGUAAUAGACGAUAAUAUCUACUGUUUGCGCCACGCGGAGCGAGCGCAUACGUGUUGCGACAUGACCUGUCAUUCCAUUGCAUCACCCAGAGACGUGCGAAAGUGAGAUGAAAGCAGUAUCAACACAACAAACGAAUAUCACCCGAGCUAUCCGAGCGAAGCCGACAGGACAAAUACCCCACCAGAGCAGAACAUGAUCCAUUCCACGACGAUCCAUUUCGUUUGGAACACUAAUUUUCCGUACACCAGCCGAAACAAUUUCUAUCCUUUUCAUUCAAUCGCAUCACCGAGAGACGUGCGAAAGUGAGAUGAAAGCAGUAUCAACACAACAAACUAAUAUCACCCGAGCUAACCGAGCGAAGCCGACAGGACAAACACCCCACCAAUUUCAGGGAGUAUAAAAGUAGCAGAGCAGCAUAUGAUCCAUCUUUAUAAGUUUUUAUUCACCACGUGUAUUUAGAAACCAUUAGAGAAAGUUAUAGUGAAAAUUUGGACUUUGAAAACUAGUGUCGUUUUUUCCUACAGUAAAUUUAGUCAGACCCUUUCCAACCGGAGUACUAUAAGGAUUGAGAAAUGUGUACUGUGAAGAUGGCAUCCUCUUAUAAAAUUAAUUUAGAGAUGUGUUUAGAAGCGGUUAACAGUUUAAUUUCAACCAAGUGCCUAGAAUAUGAUUUCAAGUUAAAUUUUAAGAACAUGCAAGUAAUUUUGGAGCGUAUGGGAUUAGAUAAAACGAACUAUCCUAGUAUGAAGGUAAUCAAAAGCCUUCUAAUGAAACAUCGAAAAUCCGUAAAACGGUUUGCUCCUGAGAUUACUUUGCAGAAUUGUUGGGAUGCAGCGAAUGAUUUGAUCGCUAGAGAAGAGUUGGAUGAGCUAUUCGAAUUGAAUUCUAAGAAUCUGAAAGAAAUUCUUGUAGAAAUGGGAUUAAACGAAAAAUGCGCACCUAACUUAAAAAAAGUUAGGAAUAACUUCGCUUGUAAUCCAACAUAUAAGAAGUAUCGUGCAGAACGAAAGGUGAGAACCCUUAUAAUUGUUAUAAGCUUCCUGAAAUUAAUAAAACUAUUUUGAAAUUUUCAAUGUGAAAUCAUUUCCGCAGAAUAUUGAACAUUCAAUUGCCGCUGAAAGUCAUAACGUAAGUGUAAAAUAUCAAAUUGCUUUGAAAUAGUCACGCCAUACAGUAACUUCAAAUUUUUAUAGAUCGAUAAUUUCAAAGAAUGUUCUUUUGAGAAUGAAAGUGCCUGCUUGCCACAAGACUGCGUUGGAGUUCAUGAAGUAAGAUGACAUUUCUAUUUAUUAAUUCAUGUAUUAAUAGUUGUUAUUUAGCAGCUUUUAUUAAAUAAAACAGAUCAUAUGUCCGAAACAAACUCAUCUCCUUCACGUGUCGAAACAAGAACAUUAUCAUUUGUAUCAUUUGACACAAACGAUUUCGAGGAAUUGGCCGACUCUCAAAGUACUACUUUUGACGGCGUUGAUAAUACGGGAAAAGAUAACGAACAACCUCCAUUCGGAUUUUUAUUGAAAGGAACAGAUUUAUCGCGUGUCGAAAUAAAAUCAUUAUCCGUCGAGUUUCCUGCAAAAGUAUGUAAGAAAGGAAUGGAACUUAAUGCUCCAGAAAUUGAAUGUCGCAUUUUUGAAACAUCAGUAAGUCAAAUGCAAGAGAGAUCAACGAACGACAUGCAAGACUCGAUUGUUUCAUUUGAUACCAAUGAUCUUGAAGGAUCGACCAAAUCACAAGAUACUACUUAUAGCAGUGAUGUAGAUGUAACUGAACUUGUGUUCAAUACAACGGACUUUGAAAACCUACGAAAAGAGAUAAAAGAAAAAGGCAACAGUAACAGGAUCAAAUACAAUGUCAAGGUUGCGGAAUGUGGGGCAACUGCCACAAAAAGACUUUAUAGUGGUGCUUCAAUUUACGAGUGUUCUUUUUACAUCAACAAGAAGAACAUUGAAAUGUGUAAACAUUAUGAUCAACAUAAUAUAAUGCAAAGCAAAACCAAGGUUGGCGAUGCUAAAUAUAAGCAACAAAAGCAUAGAAGGCCUUUUAUAGUGGCCUUAGAAGAUUUGUUAAAAAUCAAAUAUGAAGAAUUCAAUAUCUAUUGUAUAAUCAAUAUAAAUUCUCAUAAUUGCAACAAAUCUGGCUGGCUAUUUUAUGGUGUCUGCGCUCACAAGACCUGCAGAUCUUAUCGUUUCAAAAUUGUUUCUGUUACGGAUGGUGAUAACAUAUAUAAAGUCGAUGUCUAUGUUAAUGUCGCUAUGACCCUGAUACACGGGGAAAACCUGAAAGCGGCAUAUUGCAAAGGAGUAAAAAGAAACAUAAAUAUGAAAAAACUGCAGCUCCAAAAACCACUUGAAUUACGAACUAAGUUGAUCAACGAAAAGAAAAAAAGGGAACCAUUCGAGAAGGUAGACAUUGUCAGCAAAAAUGUAUUGAAAAAAAUUAGCAGUGAAGCUAAAUCGAAGCUUAACAGGGAUAUUGAUGAUUUUCAAGAUUUGAUAAAAAUGUCUGAGGAUAACGGAUCUUAUAUCAAAAAUGUGUUUAGAAAGCCCUUUGGUGUAAUUUGUUUUAAUACAAAAAUGUUCAAAGAGCUGAGAAAAAACAAGACUUACAGUCCUAUUUUCUACAUGGAUGGUACUGGAUCGGUUGUACGAUAUUCAAAAGCUGAGAAGCGUGUUCAAAUAUAUGUUUUGGUCGCAUACAAUUACCGGUCAAAUUUUAGUGUACCCGUAACAACCUUUGUGACUGAAAGCCAAAAAACAGUAGACUUCCACAAUUGGUUGAAUAUAUUUCGUGCUUCGUACGAGUCAGGCAGCUCUAUGAAUAAAUUGAAUAAAAUAGCGAGAAUUGUUAGUGUUGAUUGGAGCUGGUCACUGAUUGGUGGAUUGAUACGGGCUCUUAAUAAUCAACACCAUACACUACCAGAGUAUAUCCGAGAUUGUUAUAAAGUUUGCAUAAGAGAACUCAAUCUCAAUUUCACUAUCAUUCAUUUAUGCUACAGUCAUUUCAUGAAUGUAGUUUCUAAGGACUUGAAAUCUGCUCCAAUCAACAUAAAACAUAAGUUCAUGGACUGUAUGCGAUUGGCUGUACGUGCUACAAACUUAGUGGACUUAAUCGAUCUGUUUAUCAUUAUGACAUGCAUUUUUGGAUCUGCAAAUGAGAACCGAAUGCUUGAGACAUCACUAAAAGAACUAGAUGCAAAAAUUAAUGAUAGAACAAGCUUCGAUUCAGAAAGCGCUGGUAAAUUUGAUUAUACUGGCAUCGGUGAACCAGAAAUUCUAAAAAAAGAUGAGGACAAAAUCUUCUUGGGAUCGCCUUUUUAUGCGUUGUUAAAAGAAACAUUUGAAACAACAUUAAAACAAAUAGAUGAUCUCAGCCAAGGAUCACAGAACCCACUGUAUUUCAAAGGAUUCUUGGAAGAUGUCGCCUUGAAAAAAUACAUGCCUGUGGUUUGUUUGUGGUCAAAUAUAAUAGUAUCUCAAAUUGACUCGAAUCCGGAUACUAUUUCAAACGCAAGGGUUGAAAGCUUCUUCCGAACAUUGAAACACAAUGUUAUGAAAGGUCAGCUCUACGAAAGAAUAACACAUUUUCUUCGAAAACUACAAUCGUAUAUUGAAUCUCUGUUCCACUUUUCCGACUUUGACAUUGAAGAUAUAUACGCUACUGAUAAAGGAAUAAGUAAUGCUAAAAAACGUCAAGAUGAUAGAAUCGCAGAAUAUGACAGAUUUGUCGGAAACGUAGAAGACAUAGAGGACGAAUGGCAUAGUCCAUACUUUCAAAAAGAUGCUUCAACCCACUUGUUCAAGAAGAAAAAGAAGCAGGAAACUAACAGCUUAAACACACAACUUGAACAAUCAACACAGAAGCACCCAGAUUCAAAGGAAAACAGUGAUAACAACAGAAAAAGAUCAUUAGAAGAAGAUUUAGAAACUACCUGUAAUCUGUCCUCUAUUCAUCAUUUCAUUGACAAAGGAUUUGAAUUUCCAGUUACCACCAAAUGGUAUUUCGGUGAGUUUCCUUCAGAAUAUGAGAGCAUAGGAGUAAGUAGUAUGAUUGUAAGCUCAGAAAUGCUUCAAACGCUCGAUGCACAUACAUAUAUGGAUGGAGAAACCUUAGAUGCGAUAAUUGCAGUGGCCAUAAAAGAAUGUGAGGUCGAAAGCGUAAAAUUGGUAUCAACUUACAUGUCGAGAAACUUGUUUGAUACAACUCAACUAAAAGAAGUAUUGGAUAGGAAACGAGAUUAUGUUUUACCAGUUCUAACCAAUACAUCGGGAGUAUGGGUGGUUCCUUUGAAUGUUAGAGCUGGGCAAGCACCCACCAAGCAAGUUGGAAGAGGGAACCAUUGGGUUCUCUUCAUUGCUGAUUUUAUGAAUAGAGAAACUUUUUAUUUAGAUCCUCUCGAAACAGCAUCCCCAUAUUUGAAGGACGUACAAGAAGAAUUUUUGAAGGCAGUAAGCUCUAUUCGGAGACUUAAAAAUCAACCAUUUGAUUCAACCAAUUGGCAAAGCGGCUCGAAAAAUAUUGCGCACGACAAGCAAAACGACGACUACAACUGUGGUGUAUAUGUAGCUAAAUAUGCACAAAACUUUCUUUUGAAGAAACCGUUGACCGGGCUAGGAAACAUGGAUUCUGAGAGGAAACAAAUCAAAAUAAAACUCCUAAAUACAGCAGUAAUAAAAAUUUGUUUAUACUGCAGCAGCUUGAAAUCACUAAUUUUGUCAUGUCAAUCAUGUGGACGGAGGUGUUGCAGUAGAUGCGCCCCAAAUAUGGUGCUAAAAAUUCCAUCUACAAAACAAUGUGAAAUAUGUUCGAAAAUUAAAAUGAUAUAAUUUUUAAGUCUCAUCAAUAAAUUUUUAUAUUACCUUUUAACUUGAAGUAUUUUUAUUUGUCCAGUUUGAGUCCUUUCAGAAACGAGAUAGAAUCCUGUCGUCUAAGUCAAAAAUGAAAAAAUUGUCAUUCCAUCGGCUACAAAAAAUAGUUGCCAUAAACCUCAACCAUUCGCGUGGAUUUUUUUUUAAAUUUUAAAUGGUUCCUAUGAUCAGAUAGGUCAAUUCCAACACUC